GAUGUGGAAUAUUCAGUGUUAUAUCGGACUUGGAUUGACAGUUACUAACAGAAGCUCGUGUAGCAUUUUCAGUUGCUUUAACAUUAUCGGGAAAGAGGUGGGAUCUAAUUGAAUACAACAAGAUUUUAAAGAAAGCUCUGGUUUUGAAACCAACCGUUGAUUAAAAGGAAUACUCAGGACAAUGGACCAAAUCACAUCUUCAAAAACUUCUCCUUCCAAACAGUUACAAAUUGUAGGAACAACUCUACUGCUUGUAAUCUUCUUCUUGGCUUCUCAAAUAGGUAAUUCAGACGCAAGAACACUAUCAACAGAUGAUGACUUUUUUUCGGCGCCUCUAAUCAAAAGAAACACAUGGUGGACUAAAAAGUCUGUGGACUCCAUGGAUACUAUUCCACAAACUAAUUAUCCACCUGAAGAUUCACAAUAUGGCAAAUGUCAAGAUGCAAUUGAAGUGUAUUCAUGCUAUGUAGAAAGAUGUGUUCAAAGUUUUGUCACGUGUGCCAGACAGGCUGAAACAGAAGAACUAUUUAGUGCGUGCAAAAUGCUUCACAAAAUGUGUGCCUCGAUAUGUUCAAACGGCAAUCAAAAUGACUUCAUUAGAUUGUGACAGAAUCUCAAUUGACAUUUUGUCAUUUCAUUAUUGACAUGAUGUCUUUAAAAUUUUGACACCGCCUUUUCUGCUUAACAUAAUAUAACUGCCUAAUUUAUAUUUUUUAAAAAGUAAUAUAAUUAUAUUUUUCUUAAGCUUUCGUAAUUUUAUGCAGAAGAAACACAACAAACUAAUUUACAAAGAUUUCACAAGUUAACCAACAAUUUUUCAAUGUAAAUCGCCGCAAAAAUUCGUUUAGGCCAUUGUUUUAUUAAUUUUUCUAAUUUAUGAUUUAUUGAUAUUUCCCAUUUUUUAGAGACAGAAAAUUAAAAUUUAAUAUUUUCAUUAUUAAAAACGCUAUGAAUAAAUAAACAAUAAUAAGUUGCACUUUAUUUUGACAUUUUAACAAUAUUUAGUAUAAACAUAAUAAAUAUUCACUAUAAACAGAUAAAGAAAAUAAUAGUACGACCAUCUUCAUGAAAUGUAAAUUUUAAAUAACUAAAGAUGUCCGAAGACAUAAGACAAAACAACGUUAUUUGUGUUAAGUUGUCUUCAGUAACAUAGUUUGGAAAUGAAACGCCCUCUAUUUUUGGGAUUAUUAUAUAUUUAUAUAAAUACAUACUGUAUACCAUAUCAUUAUGACUACAUUUUUGAGAGCAUAUAACAAAGAUAUGCUUUGAAUUUAUCCAUAAAGAAAACGUUUCCUGAAAAGAAGUAUAAAACUUAAUACAUUGGUCCAUGUUAACAAAUGUAUAUUUUGUUUACAUCUUCAAUUUCUGACUUAGCUUUUGAUAAGUAAGCUUUUAAUAUUUUGGUUUAAAUCUGCUUGUCAUGUAUGAAAAAUAAUAAUGUUAACAUUUGAAUUUUGCAAGGCUGUUUCGAAAGAUUUGGUCAAUAUGAAAUAAACAAAACAAAAAAUAAAAGUUAUUAAAUUUCA